UCAGGUCGUGUAGGCAUUUUAUCUAGUAAUGUAGGUUGUUGAUACGUUUUGGUAUAUUAUUAUUUUUGUUAAUAUUCACUUUACGUGUUUGUUAAUAUACUCUAUCGGAGUCAAAUCUUUCGUUUAAAUGUAAUUUAUUUUAAAUGUUUAAGAAGUCAUUUUCUCACAACUAAAAUACAUAAAUAAGCAUCCAAAAUGAAAAUAUAGUAAUGUAUUGUAUUUUUAAAAUGAACAUACAUAACCUAUUUUGUGUGUGACUAUAAAAUUAUAAGUUUCACAUAUAGUUGUAUUGAAAUAUAAUCAUGUUAUUGUUCAUUUUAAAUUUAUAAUUCAUAAUACGUCACGUUUCAUAUUGCAAAAUAAAUCCUUGGUUUUAUAACCUCUAUUCGUUGUAACUCGUAUGCUUUUAUACCAUUGAACGAUUUAAUCAAAAUGAAUGGAACGGUAUUGGAUGUUUCAAAUGAGAAUUUAAAGUCAAUAAAAGAGUAUCAGCAAAUACUUUUAAAUCAAGCACUUACACAGGGAAUUCAGAGAAAUGAAGAACGGUUCAAAGUAUGGACUGAAUAUAAGAAGAGUCAUAAAAAAGUUAUAGAAGCACUUGAGAAAUUACCUUUAGAAUUAACAAUUAAUUGUAUGGUACCUAUUGGUAAACGUGCAUUUAUGAAAGGAAAAUUAAUACACACUAAUGAGAUUCUGGCUUGUCUUGGAGAAAACUACUUUGCAAAGUAUAGUGCUGCACAGGCAAUUGCUCUAUGCAAUCGUAGAAUUCAAUCUGCCGAUGAGAUGUUGACAAAUUUGGAGAAAGAAAGAAAUUUAUAUGAAAUGAGACAAUUUAUUCCUCAAGAGUUUGAUGUUUUUGAUAAAAAAGAAAGGGCAGAUUUAGUAGAACAUUGGGAUGAUAAGAAAUUAGAUGAAUGGAGAGCUGAACACAGAGAAAGAGAAAAAGAGUAUCACAAAAAACUUUCAGAAUUAAGGAAAAAAGAAAAGACUGAUAUUCGAACUGAAGAAGAUCUUUUUGAAAGAUUAGAUGAAUUGGAACUGCAAGAGGAAUUAGCAGAUGAAAUAAAUAGAUUAGAAGAUGAACGUGCAAAGUUUUAUGGAGAAGACUUAGAAGAAGGAGAAGUAUAUUAUGAAUCAGAAUUAGAAGAAGAAAGUUCGAACGACGAACAUUCUUUGGAAGAAAUAGAAAAAGAAUUGAACAAAUUGAAAGAGAUUCGAAUAGGCAAAAGUACGAACGUACAAUCAACGGAAUCUAAUAUGAUCAAUACUAUUGUACAUACAGAAAAUGAAAUAUCUAAUAGUUAUUCCAACAAAACUGAAGAAGUAGAGAAAACAUUAUUGAAAAGUAUUAGCAACGUUUCCUGUAAUAAUCAUAAUGAAGAUGAAUCGUUUAAGAUUGCUAAGUCAAAAAGUAUGAGCGACAUAAGUAACGAGGAAGUAAAAUUAAAGGAGAAAAGAAGAGUAUCGUUUGUAGAACCAGAUUUUUCGACUUACAAUGACGAUAGUAAAAUAAUUUCUAUUAAAAGUCAGGAUGAACAAUGUACAGAAUUAUCGAAUGACAAUUUAGAUGAUUCUGAAGAUGAUAUUAUUCGAAUUGAAUUUAAACAUACAGACAAUAAUUUAUAUAUACCAGAAUUCACGGGAAAUGAAAUAACAUCUCCAAGAGAUAUAUACAAAAUGUUUUCUAAACCAAAAUCUAUUUUGAAAAGAUCACCCAACGAUGUAAUGCCACCACAAAAUACUUCUUUACCAACAUAUAAUUCAGAAGAAGAAGAAGAAGAAGAAGAAGACGAAAAUGAAGGCAUUAAACCUUCCGCAUACAAUUUUAUUGUAAAGGACAUUUGCGAGAAGGAAUUAGCAAACUCUAAGAAAAAGAAUGUCGAGAUUAUGCAGGACAAGAAACUAGUCAGUAGAUUUAGGAUGGAACGUUCUACGUUAAAAAAAUAAAAUAAAUAUAUCGAUCGCUACAUAAUUAAAUCCUUGUUUAUUUUCUUAAAUUUCACGUUAUAAUUAAUUUUAGUUAGAAAUCAUAAGAUAUUUUAAUCCUAAUAAAUUCUAAUUAUUAAUCAUAUCUAUGUCGAGCGAUACUAUGAGAGCUAAUUAAAUAAUAAGCUAUAUCGUUUAAAUCCAUUUUAAUGAAUCAUUUGGAAUGGUUUCGUGCUCGACAAAAUCAACGAAUUUCUCACCUAUUCAUUUAUUCGCGUGGUGUAGCAUAAAGGACAAAGGGCUUACGUAACAUAGCACUUGGAAUGCAAACGAGACAAGGAAUACCGUGAUUAGGAGUACGAUUAGUGUAACGAUCUUUAUCUCGUGACAACGAUUAAAAGCUUUGCAAGUUCGAUUCGUACGUGAGAACCUUGAUGUUUAUUAACAGAUUAUAUCACGAAAAAAAAGUAUUUCUCUCUCUC